AAUGAAGACUUUGCAUUCAGUGGAGAAAUUGUGCAGUGUCUUGAAGAUACUAUUAACGCUAUUAAGAAAUUGGAAGAAAAGCAAAGGCAUACUCUUGAAUGCCUAGAAGAGGAGACUAUAAAAACCAGCAAUCUACGCUUCAGAGUGCAGAAUUUUCCAGGAGAGAUUAUUGCAGAGAUGACAGCUCUUGUUACUGCUGCACGUGAAUCUAGUGCUGCUAAAAUAAAUCAGCUGCAGUCUGCACUGAAAAGCACUGCUGCUGAGAUUGAAUUACUGGAAGAGAAGCAAACCCUUUGUGAAAGACUGUGUGAGGAGCAAGAAUACUUGCGGGCACAGUAUCAAGAAAGAGUAGACUUGCUGAAUGAAAGGAUGGCAACGAAAGCUAACACAAAUGUUCUCUUAAUUGAAACUUGUGAUAAAACAAGAGAUAUAGAAAGAGAAAUAAUUAGGUUGAAGGCAGCUUUAGCAGAACUGAACUAAAAAAUAGGUGAAAAAAUGAGUAAACUUGAGAAAGAGAAAGAAGAAUGUGAUAAAAAGAAGAGAGAAAUGAAAAAAACUCUUGAUACUCAGGAGGCAAAAACUUCCAAGAAAAAGCAUGAAUUUGAAAACUUGACUACAAAAUUUUUCAACAUACAGCAUCUGAUAAAUCUGAAUUCAACAGCUGCAUUUAAUGAGCAAAUUCUCAUAGCAAAACUGAAAGAAAAAAGCAAGCAACUGGAAAAGACCCUGGAAUUUAAAAAUACAGAUAUGCUGGCACUCUCAGAAAAGAAAAUUCAGCUUGAUUCUGAGUUAUUGCUUUUACAAUCAAGAAUUGCCCAAGAAAAUGAGGAUUUCGAUAAGGAAUUUGAAAAGACUAAAGAAGAUCUACGCAAUGCUAAAUGCCUGAACAAAAAACUUCAAUUAGAAAUUAAAGCUGUGCGCCAAAAGUAUGAACGAGCACUGGAAGAAGAACAGCACUGGGCUAUAAAAAGAGAUGAGAUGGUGGCAAAACUGGGGAAAUUAUCUGUUUUGUUGGAUGAAAAGCUUGAAUUUCUGGCAAAUCAUAUAAAGGAAAACAAAAGCCUAGAGAAGGAAAUUGAAAAUCUUGUAGACACCCUACAAAAUAUCAAGCAGAGGAAUGCUGAAGAGCUGGCAUCUCUGAAGCAACAUUUGAAGACAGAAAAUAAGACGAGAGUAAUGCUUCAGUGGAAGCUACUGUACUUAGCAAAGCAGAGAAAACUCUUUUUCUCAGAGGAGGAGAAUAUAAAUGGAAAAGUUAAUGUAAGAAUAGAAACUGGCAAAAAAAGUCAUGCUGAACUACUUGCGGAGAUUGAAGACCUUGAGAAAGAGCUUUUUCAGUCUGAAAACCAAGUCAAAGCCCUGAGUGAAGAAGCAAGUAAGAGGGAAAAUGAUUACAGGAAUUAUAAUGAGGAUUUUACUAGCAAAAUAAAAUGUCUGGAGAAUGACAUCAAAACUUCAACUGAAAAUCUACUUAAAAAAGAAGAAGAAUUAAACACAAGCAGAAUUACCUUGGAAGAAGCCCAGAGAGAAGCAGAAGAGAAGUACAACAAAUAUGAAGAACUGAGGAAUUCAUUUUCAGAAAAGAAAGAUGAAGAGGUACGAGUCAAAAGAGCUAUUCAGCAGUCAAUCGAAACUACUGGGAAGCUCAAGGAGGACACGCUGGAGCUGAGGAACAAAUUGCAGAUCAAGCGUGAUGCUGCAAUCGACCAGUUGAAAAAUCAUACGGAGAGUAUGAAGCUGCUAGAACGAGACAUCUACGAGAUCAACAGGAAACCUGACAUUGUGAACACCCAGAACUGCAGAUUCAAAUUAUGCAAUGUGUGGAUAAAAGAAGAUAUUUUUGCAAUGGAUUCUGAAGCAGAAAACCACAAGUCAGCAACAGGCAAAAUCCUGAACGACCUAACAGCGCUUCAUGAUCUUCUUCUGAAAGCAAGGUCAGAGGAGAGCUUUAUUCAAAAGGAAUUUCUGGAGAAGGAGCAGGAAGUCCUGAACGCAGUGACAGCUCUAACAACAAAAAUUCAACGACGAGAGGAAAAGAUUGGCGUUAUUAACAGCAGGCUACAAAACAAGCUGGAAGGACUGACUUCUCUGUUUGACAAGAAGUUUAGAAUAGAUCACCACUGUAAGACACACUAA